UUUGCGUUUGUCUGUAAUCAGGUAAGCUUACACGUAGUAAUUGUGUCCCAUUUUGUUUAGUUUCAUGGUGUUAUUAACUAGAGCUUGUGAGUUGGGCUCGAUCAUACCUGACUAUUCACGAUUGCUGAGUGUUCCAGCUCAUAAGAAAUGAUGUAAGCCUUUUUGUGAUAGGAACAGAUAAACGUUUGGGGAAAUUUUGGGGUUUCGGUCUCAUUUCCCCAAAAUUUACUAUAGCGGCUUCCCCAAAAUGGACCAAAUUCCCCCAAAGUUGGCAGCUCGGGACGGUUUGACUCGUGCAUGCGAGUCUAACUAGACUAACAUAGACCGCAAGUCUUCUGUACCUACAACAUAAAUUUUAAUAUGGAAAGAUCAGAACUUAGAACAAACUGACAUUGGAAUUGUCAUUACUAAAUAUCUUGUGUCAGGGUUGUCCACUAUUCUCCUUUUUAUAUAGUUUGUCCUUCUGGAAAUAACGAGUUCCUCAUAAGACUUUCCAGCGGCCUAAGAUGACAUCAUUUUGUUAAAACCCUAACGUAAUACAGUCUCUUGAGGCUUUUAGCUCUAAUAAUCCUGUUACUACAUCUGCUCUGGGAUUUGCCUUGACGAUUUUGUCUCGGUAUGCUAAUGGGGUAUGACAACUUGAAUAGAUGUACGCAUAUACCAGGCUGACUGAUAUGGAUCAGUAUCGUUCACAAUAGUGCAGAUCUAUUCAAUUUUUGUUUUGCUGUCGAUCGUCAGUUCAUUCAUCUGCACCUUCUUACCCUAUCUUUUCAAACCUGAUUCUUACUGCCUACUCUUUCUCAUGAUUACUGCUACUACACUAUUCCGAACAUCUUUGCUCUUCAUCUUUAAUUUCAUCUCAUUGCAAUCUAGUACGGCAAUGUGGUCCAAAUACACAUGUUUUCCACACCCUAUGUUAGACAACGAUUAAUUCCGAAGGAAUUAAAGUGGGUAUGACUAUUGAAUGGCUCCGUUUGUAAAUAAGCUCGUUUUUAAGUUGUUGAUAUAAACCAGCACUUGUUUUGUCAGUUCACUUAAUACUUAAAAGUAGUCAUUUAGUAUAAUCUAAUUCUCUAGUUCUGAGUAUUUAUUGAAUUCCACUCUCUAUUUUCUUAUUAGGUGUAAUUUCAAAGACCAUGGCUAGUAUGUUUGUUACAAGGGUGAUUACAAGAGUUCCCAAGGUUCCAAUUCUUAUGCCUUGUAGGUUUUCCCGGCGCAGACUACCACCUGAAUACAGAAAGCAGUAUUUAGAAAAAAUAAGUAAUGGGGCUCUAGAUAAAUACCGAAAAUCGGACUUUGUUCCGUAUCCUGCCCUGAAAACACAAAGGUUAUGGGAAGUCCAACCACAAGAACCAGAAAAGGAGACGAAACGCCUGUAUCAAGAACUCGUACCACAUUUUAUUGAUCCAAGAUAUCGCGAUCGUCUACGUGAACGUCUUGAGCGUCAUGAAAUGAUGCUACGUCGUCGAAAUUUAGAUAUGCCAGAGUUUUAUGUGGGGUCAGUUGUUGCCGUAAGGACUGCUGAUAAAUUUGCGCCAAAUCAAUCACAUCGAUUCUUGGGUAUUUGCAUAGAACGCUUUAACGAGGGUUUAUGGACAAAAUUUACUCUUCGCAACGUGAUUGAGAAAACAGCUGUUGAAAUUCAGUAUGAAUUAUAUAAUCCAACUAUUCAGUCAAUUGAAGUAUUACUACUAGAGAAACGUUUAGAUCGUAACCUUUUGUAUUUACGUGAUGCUCCAUUGGACGAAAGUCGAUUUCCAUUUGAUAUGUCGCGUAUUCCAUAUAAUCCUUCUGAUCCUGUCCCAAUUAAUGACAAGAAAGUAAAACUGCUCCCACCACCAUGGGCCUUCAAAUGGUAUUUACACGGUUACCGUGGGAUACACGACACCAUGUAUGACUAUUUAACUCCACAACAGUUAUCUGAAAUUCAGGACAAAAUAAAUCUUGUCGAUCGAUAUGAUUUGAUGAAAAUGUAUAGAUCACGAUUGUGCUUAGAAGAAGAACGAAUAGCUUUAGGUGAUGUUCAAAUUCAACAUCAAGAUCUUAUACGUCAUCAUGAGCAACGUCGACAAGAGUUAAUGGACAAACAUAAAGAAACCCAAAAGACUGAUAAAAAUACUGCUUAUGGUGGUCGUUAA